UUCGUACCGGAAGUAGUUAUUUUCUAUUUCUCUCCUCACGCUGCAGUUAGAAGAGGCGGUCUCCUAAUGAGAGCAUGAAGACAUGAGGCUGACAUUUUUUAUCCACAUUCACUAAAAACUACAUGGGAAAAAAAGAAGCAGCUGCCAUUUCUAGUAAUGCUUACAUUGUCAUGAUGGAGGGGAUGUGCCAGACCUUUCAAGAGCCUCUGAAAGUUGAAUUUAAAAGUGAAGAGGGAGAUUCUGAAGAGAAGGACUUUGAAGAGGAAGGGAACAACCCCUCACAAGAUAUGAGCCACCUCUUAAUGACUACCUUGGAAAACAGGUCUGUGCACAUUAAGGAAGAGGAUUGUGAAUGGGAGCCCAUCAACUGUAAACAGGAGGGAAUGUGCAUUAAAGUUGAGGAUUUUGAACAGAAGGCUGUAGGCCUUGCAGAUUAUGAACAGAAGUCAGUUGGCACUGAGCUGCAAACUCAGGCAUCUCUUAACAUUGUUAAGGAAGAAGACAUUAAGUCAGAGUUUGUCUCUCAUUUUUUAUCCAUUGGUCCACUUCCAGAACCUUCUUAUGUGUAUCCAAAUGGAAAGGCUUUGGGACUAGAAUCUGGUCUUCAGGAACAUCCCGUCACUGCAAAGUGCGAGACUUUGGACUUUUAUGCACAGAGAACUGAGAAGCCAUCAUCUCCAUGUUGUUCUGAAGAAGGUUUUCAAGAGACUGGCAGCUUCUCCCAAUCUUCAUUUGCUCCAACAUCUAACCAAUGCAGAUCACAACUGAAACAACUAGAUGAAAAUAUGAAGAAAUUGACAUCAGGAUUAGAGAAUUUAGUACCAGUCUCUUUACAAUAUUGUUCUCCACUUAUGAGCAAAACAAACACAGAUGGCAUAAACACUCAUGGAGUGUUACAGAAUACUCACCCAGCAGAUCUGUUUGUCUGCCAAGAAUGUGGUAAAAGUUUUAAACGCAAAUCUAAUUAUAAAGAUCAUCUGUGGAUUCAUACAAGAGAGAAACCACAUUCCUGUGCUGAGUGUGGCAAGCAAUUCUCUAAAAUACGGUAUCUUCAGAGCCACAGAAGAGUUCACACCGGAGAAAAACCUCACUCCUGUUCUGAAUGUCAUAAACGAUUUUCACAAAUUAGCAGCCUUCAGAAACACACAAGAAUACACACAGGAGAGAAGCCAUAUUGCUGUCCUGAAUGUGGGAAACGAUUCUCACAAAUACGAAAUUUUCAGAACCACAAAAGAAUUCAUACUGGAGAGAAACCAUAUUCCUGUUCUGAAUGCGGCAGACAAUUUUCACAAGUAAGUAAUCUUCAGGCACACACACGAAUUCACACUGGGGAGAAACCAUAUGCUUGUUGUGAAUGUGGCAAACGCUUCUCUGAUAAUAGCAGUCUUGGAAAACACAAAAGAGUACAUAAUGGAGAGAAGCCAUUUUGGUGUCGUGAAUGUGGCAAACGGUUCUCCUGUAGCAGUAGUCUUCAGAUACACACAAGAAUUCACACUGGAGAGAAACCAUAUUGUUGUUCUGAAUGUGGCAAACGAUUCUCUGACAGUGGCAGUCUUGGGAAACAUCUAAGAAUUCAUAGUGGAGAGAAGCCGUACUGCUGCUGUGAGUGUGGUAAGCGAUUCUCCUACAGCAGCAAUCUCAGAAAACAUAUUAGAAUUCACACAGGAGAGAAACCACAUUGUUGUAUGGAAUGUGGCAAAAGUUUUUCACAAAUAUGCUACCUCCAAAGCCACAUAAGAAUACACACAGGGGAAAAGCCGUAUUCUUGCUCAGAAUGUGGAAAACGUUUCUCAAACAGUAGCAGUCUUGGGAAGCAUACCAAAAUUCACACUGGAGAGAAGCCUCAUUGCUGUAUUGAGUGUGGCAAGCGAUUCUUACAAAUAAGCCACCUUAAGACACACUCAAAAAUUCACAAUGGGGAAAAGCCAUUUUCUUGUUCAGAAUGUGGAAAACGAUUCUCAAGCAGUAGUAGUCUUGGGAAACAUAGAAAAAUUCAUACUGGAGUAAAACCUCACUCCUGUAGUGAAUGUGGCAAGCGAUUCUUGCAAACAAGCGUGGUUUCGUUGCACAAAAGAAUUCAUACUGGAGACCGACCUCAUCAGUGUUCUGAAUGUGGAAAAAGAUUCUUCCAAAUAAGUCGUCUUCUGAUUCACAAAAGAAUUCACACUGGAGAGCAACCGUAUUGCUGUGCUGAAUGUGGUAAACGAUUUUCACACCUGAAUAGUCUUCAACGACACUCAAAACUUCACACAGGAGAAAGACCUCAUUGUUGUUCUGAAUGUGGUAAACAAUUCUUAGACACAAGCAGCCUUCAAAAACACUCAGUAAUUCAUACAGGAGAAAAGCCAUAUUGCUGUUCUAAAUGUGGGAAAAGAUUCUCUGACAGCAGCACACUGCGGCAGCAUCUAAGGAUUCACACAGGGGAGAAGCCAUAUCGCUGUUCUGAAUGUGGCAAACGAUUCUCGCGCACAAGCAGUCUUCAUAUCCACACAAGAAGUCACACAGAAGAUGACUGAGAGAGAGCUCUGCUAACACAAGGUAGAUCAAAGAAUCAAAAAUCAUAGUGUAGUCAUAAAACUAGAUUUAGCCAUCAAAGUCAAAUGUUUGUACAUAGCUCAAAUAAUUGCAGCUUCAGUCCUAAGUCGCUACUUUACCAUGCAACUGGAGAGACAAAAGUUAAGAAAAGAAAUAACCGAUUCAGUUUUAAAACAAGUUACAUGUGGAAGAUGACAACUUGUUCUAAUUGUUUUAGACCCAUAGAACCUAUCAAGAAACACCAAGGAGCAUGAAGAUGAUUGUGAUUAUUAGGAUUUCUAAUAUAUAAUUAUAACCUCUUUCUGUAUGAGCUACAGAACAAGAAUUUACUGGAGACAAUGCAGGUGUUAUGUCAGGCUGUUACUGUAAAUUAAAGACAAAUUAGUAAUUAAAAGAAAAAAAAAAAAAUUAUCAAGCGAUUUCCAAAGAAAUUUCUGUGUACCAAACACAGAAUACAAAGAAAUGCAGGUUGAAAUAAGAAAAAUAUUGAAAUAAGUAUUUGAAAAUUUUCAAGUUAAUAUAUUAUUGCAGAUCAAAAAAACAUGUUUUACUAUAUGCACCUUCCCAGAGAUUAUAUUUGCACAGUAUGUUUUCCAGUACAAGACUACCAUCAAUGUUUCAAUUCUGUCAUUGUCCUUGCAGCCAGAGCUUCCCAGUGUUAAGAUUUAGCCAGGGAUUUGUCCCUUUCUUACGUAAAUCUUUCCUUAGUUUAAUAUUUUUGCUAUUUUUUAAAUAUAAUUAUGUAUGUUUUGUUAUUGCUAAUGUGUUUGGUCUUUUUGGGUGUUAUUUUUUUAUAUUUUUGUUCCUUAAUUAUUUGUUCUGUGUAUAUUAUGAUUAUUUUUGUGUUAAUGUAUUCAUAUUUAGCUUGGUUGCACUGGCCCCUUUAAACAGAAUAUCAGAGGGUGAGGCCACCAAUUUGAUCUGCUGGAGGACCACCCUCUGCCUAUUUUGCUUUAAGCAGAGAGUCAGGCCCCAUAGAAUGGCAUUGAGUUAGUGGAUUGAAGAUCAUUAGAGUGAGUCAUGUGUUUGAUUUUUCUGGUUUUCUGAUGUUUCUGUGACUUAAGAAUUUAACUGCAGACUGAAUUUGUUUGCCUUUUUAGGCACAUACUUUUUAUUAUUUAUGUAUUACUUUCUCUGAUAUAUCUUUCUAUGUACUAAGUAAAAAAAAAAUCCUUCGUUUUAGAUAUUGCUUUUUUAUUGAAGUUUUGUGAAAUGGGCUAAUGGUGGCAACCGAAUGUCAAAGGAAACACGCAAAUGAAGCCUUACAAUGUACUGAAAAUGCACAUUUGGGAGAUGUAAAUGUUCCUCCUACAUACUGUAACAUGUCAGGUUGUUUAACAUGUUGACUGCUAAAUACGAGCUAAUCCGUAAAAGGCGAUCUAAAGAUGGACGCCACCUACUAGUUAUCUUGUGUGCCAUUUUCAUGGCUGUAGUGCCAAAAACAAGCAUACAGUCAGGUCCAUAAGUAUUUGGACACUGUUUUGUCUUUGUAGAGUAACAUUUUACUCUACUUUCUCCUAUUGUAUUAUUAAUAUGUAGCCUUUGUCAGAAUGUCUUGGAUCUCACAGGUUUACCACUGUUUAUAAGGUAUUAUAGUAUAUAACUUCUCCCCACCUUCCCUUCUACAUUUAUAACCUUAGGCAAUUAGGUGUAGUAAAAGACAAGCAGGAGUUAAAUUACAAUUUAAACUAUGUAUUAUUGAUAAUAUUCAUAAAUAAUAACAAUAUGCAAAGUACAUUUGAAUAUUGGCAACCAUACAACCUGAUAAAUGUUGUUGUGUAGUUUCAGGCGGCACACAGACUUGUUAGUUAUUUAAAAUGUCUCUAGUUAAGGUGUCAUUUGUGGUCGGCUUUCUUCAAAACAGGCCACAUGCCUGUAUCAAUAUGGCUGCCGAGCUGUGCUGUUUAUUGUGUUGUCCUUUUCAGUUCAUGCAUCAGUUUGGUAAGAGAGUGAGGGAGUGAGCAAAUUUAUAGAUCUUCUGUCCAACCCCUAGAGCCAAUAGGGUGUUGUGGUACUUAAAGGCUUCUGAUACAAGCCAGUUCCAAACAGCCAUACUUCAGCCCAAUGGGGGGAUAGAACAUCUUCACAUCUGCCCCUCAAACCAUAUGUUAAGGUAAAGCUUGGCAGUUAGGAAACCUGGCUUUGUGUGGGGGAAGAGAGAGAGACUUUUGCAGAGAAACAUUUGUUUCAAGCACUUCCCCCAACUCUGUCGUAAAAUUCACUUUCCUGACUUAGUUUUGCCUAAGUUACAAAUAAAGACAUACAAAAUAUUUAUCAACUUGUAUGCAAAAUUUCACAUCACAACAGACACUGAUACAAUUGUCAUAAUUUUGGCUUUGUGCACCACCACAAUGGAUUUGAAAUAGAUAGAUAUUUUAUUAAUCCCAAGGGGAAAUUCACAUACUCCAGCAGCAGCAUACUGAAAUGAAGCAAUCAAGAUGUGAUUUAAAGUGUAGAUUUGCAUACAAAACAUUGUAUGUGCCAUUUAGAGAAGACAAACAUUUUUAUACAUGAGCUCAAGCAGGAGCUGAAAAGUAUUUGGACAAACUAACAUAAUCAUAACUAACACUCAUUUUCAAUAUGUGUUUGAAAAUCCUUUCCAGUCAAUGACUGGCUGAAGUAUGAACCCAUGACCUUCUCCAAGUGCUGGGUUUCCACCCUUGUGAUGCAUUGCCAGGCCUUCACUGCUGCUAUCUUCAGGUGCUGUUUGUUUGUUGGACUUUCUGCCAUCACUUUUGUCUUCAGCAAGUGACAUGCAUGUCCAAGUGGGUUGAGGUCAGCUGAUUGACUUGGCCAUUGAAGAAUAUUCCACUUCUUUUCCAUGAAAAAUACUUGGUUAACUUGCCCAGUAUGUUUUGUCUCAUUGUCCAUGUGUACUGUGAAGCAUUGACCUAUCAGUUUUUCAGCAUUUUUCUGAAUCUGAUCAGACAGUAUAGCUCUGUACACUUCAAAUCAUCCUGCAUCUUUUGUCAGUAGCCAUAACAUCAAUAAACACCAGUGAGUGACCUCCACUGGCAGCCAUGCAUGAUCAGGCCAUAACACGGCCUCCACCAUGCUUCACAGAUGAUGUGGUGAUUUACAGAUAAUGAGCCAUUCCUUCUCUUCUCCAUCCAUCAUUCUGGUACAUAUUGAUCUUAAUUUCGUUUGUACAUAUAGAACUGUUCCAAAACUUGACUGUUAUUUUUAAAAAUAUUUUCUGCAAAGUCUAACCUGUCCUUGCUAUGCUUGAGGUUUAUCAGUGGUUUGCACCAUGUGGUAAACCCUCAGUCUUUACUUUCAUGAAGUCUUCUCUUGAUUUUAGACUUUGAUAGGCCUACUUCCUAGAGAGUGGUCUUGGUUUCGCUAAAUGUUGUAAAAGAGUUCUUCUUCACCAAAGGUAGAAUUCUGUCAUUAUCCAUGGCUGUCCAGACUUUUCUUUAAGAAUGUACCAAAUGGUUGAUUUGACCACUCCUGGUGUUUCUGCUGUCUCUCUAAAGGGUUUGUUUUGUUUGCUCAGCCUAAUGAUGGCCUGUUUUUAUUUGCAUGGACAGCUCUUUGGAUCUCAUCUUGAGAGUUCACAGUAACAGCUUCCAAAUGUAAAUUCCACACUUGGAAUCAACUGCAGACCUUCUACCUGCUUAAUAGUAAAUGAAAUAAUGAGGGACCUGCACACAAUUGGCUAUGGAACAGCUUGUCAGUCAAUUGUCCAAAUACUUUUGAGCCCCUGGAAAUGGGAGACCAUGUAUGAAAAUGGCUGUCAUUCCUAAAUGGCUCAUACACCAUUUUGUUAAACCCUUUGAAUUACCUCUGAAAGCCUACCCUUCAAUCAUGCAGUUGCUUCUUCAUUUCAGAUCCAUUGUGGUAACAUAAAGAGCCAAAAUUUGAAAAGUGUGUCACUGUCCAAAUGCCUAAUGGACUUGACUGUAUUUCUGGGUAACACAUGUAAAUAGAGGACAGUGGGCUUCUGAAAUAUGAAAACAAAUUAGUGUAGCAUCACAGAACAGAAUAUUUUACUUUCCGUGAGUUUUACUUGUUAGCCAUAUUUUGGAUAACUUAUUUUGCACAAAAAUAAUCUUCAUAUGUAGAACCCCAACCUUUGAAUAUCCUUAAUGGUUAGCAUCUUACCACUAUGAAGUUCAAAUAGAAACUAUGACAUAUGAUCUGUUAGAGCCAACUGAUUUAUCGUAUAGCUGACAUGUGCAAACAAUUUUCUGUCCCAUGUGCCACUCAAAUACAUUUUAUUUAGAGAAAAUACAUUUUUAUUGUAAGUUUUACUCAAUAACAAAUUUUGUUUAAUUAUUAUAUUAAAAUAACACCCUGAUUCUAAAUUGGUGUCAGGAGCAAAUGUACCUACAGUAUUUCCACUUUGGCAGUCAAUGUGUUAUCAGAAAAGUGCAUAUCAUACUGUUUUUGUAAUUUAUUUUUUUCUUUUCGCAUCUUGAGUAUGGGCAUUCUUUGGUGUUAAGACAAUAUACAGUGAUCCCUCGCUAUAUCGCGCUUCGCCUUUCGCGGCUUCACUCCAUCGCGGAUUUUAUAUGUAAGCAUAUUUAAAUAUAUAUCGCGGAUUUUUUGCUGGUUCGCGGAUUUCUGCGGACAAUGGGUCUUUUAAUUUCUGGUACAUGCUUCCUCAGUUGGUUUGCCCAGAUGAUUUCAUACAAGGGACGCUAUUGGCAGAUGGCUGAGAAGCUAGAUUGCUUACUUUUCUCCCUCUCUUGCGCUGACUAUCUGUGAUCUUUGACGUAUGGGGAUUGAGCAGGGGGGCUGUUCGCACACCUAGACAAUACGGACGCUCGUCUAAAAAUGCUGAAAGAUUAUCUUCACGUUGCUAUCUUUUGUGCAGCUGCUUCCUGAAGCGAAAUGCUGCACGGUGCUUCGCAUACUUAAAAGCUCGAAGGGCACGUAUUGAUUUUUGACUGAAAAACAAACUCUGUCUCUCUCUCUCUCUCUCUGCUCCUGACGGAGGGGGUGUGAGCUGCCGCCUUCAACAGCUUUGUGCCGCGGUGCUUCGCAUACUUAAAAGCCAAACAGCACCAUUGAUUUGUUUGCUAGAGAUUGUUUUCUCUAUCUAUGUGACAUUCUGUGCUCCUGACACGCACUCCUUUGAAGAGGAAGAUAUGUUUGCAUUAUUUUAAUUAUGAGACAGAACUGUCAUCUCUGUCUUGUCAUGGAGCACAGUUUAAACUUUUGAAAAAGAGACAAAUGUUUGUUUGCAGUGUUUGAAUAAUGUUCCUGUCUCUCUACAACCUCCUGUGUUUCUGCGCAAAUCUGUGACCCAAGCAUGACAAUAUAAAAAUAACCAUAUAAACAUAUGGUUUCUACUUCGCGGAUGUUCUUAUUUCGCGGGUGGUUCUGGAACGCAACCCCCGUG